AUGACUAACAUCACACAACGCCACGUUUUGGCGCCAGAUUGCCGAACAGGUCCAGCAGACAAAAACAACGAUAAGUGGCGACACCUUGCACCUUCGAGUCAAAUGGCUGACCUAGAGCCCCCGAAUUUCGUUGCGAUGGCAGAAAAUCUGAACCAUCUUUCCCAUCAUGUCAGCAGAAUGCAAAACAUCCCGGCCGUCGACGCAGGAGUGCAUAUUGCCCAAGCGAUUAUGGCGUUGUCUCGCCGUAUGGAAGAUCGUUUCGAUGAAAUCAAUCGUCGUUUCGACGAAACCAACCGUCGUUUCGACGAAACCAACCGUCGUCUUGAUUCUAUGGAAUUCAACUCGAUGGCCCGCCUUGCCAAUUUUUAUGCCACGCAUUCCACAACACCUCUGAGUCCUCUCCGCGACGCCCAAAAUCAAGAUAUUGCGAACUUUCCUUUUAAUGAGGCAGCAAUUGACGCACUCAAUGGGAAUGGGCUCAACGUACUGUUGAACGCAUAUGGCCUACCUGUUACCGGUAAUCUUGCACUACGCAAGCAGCGUUUCAAGGCGUUUAUCGAUUAG